AUGCUCACCUGGUUUCUCUUUCUGGCUCUUGCAGCCCCCCCCACUGUGCGGAUCGUGCACUCGGGCCUGGCGUGCAACAUCGAGGAGGAACGCUACUCGGAGAGGGUCUACACCAUCCGUGAGGGCGAGACGCUGGAGUUGACCUGCCUGGUCACCGGCCAUCCUCGGCCACAGAUCAGGUGGACCAAAACAGCAGGAAGUGCCUCUGACAGAUUUCAAGACUCGAGCGUCUUCAAUGAAACCCUGAGGAUCUCCAACAUCCAGCGACACCAAGGAGGACGCUACUACUGCAAGGCUGAGAACGGCUUGGGUUCGCCAGCCAUAAAGUCCAUCAGAGUGGACGUGUACUAUUUGGACGAUCCGAUAGUAACAGUCCACCAGAGCAUCGGGGAAGCAAAAGAGCAGUUUUACUAUGAGAGAACGGUGUUUCUCAGGUGCGUUGCCAACUCUAACCCGCCUGUUCGGUACAGCUGGCGACGCGGCCAAGAGGUGUUGCUGCAAGGGUCUGAUAAAGGAGUGGAGAUCUACGAGCCCUUCUUUACCCAGGGAGAAACAAAGAUCCUGAAGCUGAAGAACCUCCGGCCACAGGACUACGCCAACUACAGCUGCAUCGCCUCGGUGAGGAAUGUCUGCAGCAUCCCCGACAAGAUGGUGUCCUUCCGACUCUCUAAUAAAACAGCAUCCCCUUCAAUUAAGCUUCUUGUGGAUGACCCGAUCGUGGUGAACCCUGGAGAAGCAAUCACCUUAGUGUGUGUGACGACAGGAGGGGAGCCAGCCCCCAGCCUGACGUGGGUGAGGUCUGCCGGCACCCUGCCCGAGAAGACCGUCCUGAACGGUGGCACUUUAACGAUACCGGCCAUCACGUCAGAAGAUGCUGGCACGUACAGUUGCAUCGCCAAUAACAAUGUCGGAAAUCCGGCAAAAAAGUCCACCAACAUCAUCGUCAGAGCCUUAAAAAAAGGACGUUUUUGGAUCACCCCUGACCCAUAUCACAAAGACGACAACAUCCAGAUUGGGCGAGAGGUGAAAAUCUCCUGCCAGGUGGAAGCCAUCCCUUCCGAAGAGCUUACGUUCAGCUGGUUUAAAAAUGGACGUCCCUUGCGAAGCUCUGAACGGAUGGUCAUCACACAGACUGACCCCGACGUUUCCCCUGGCACCACAAACCUGGACAUCAUUGACUUGAAAUUCACUGACUUUGGGACAUACACGUGCGUGGCAUCUCUGAAGGGAGGUGGCAUAUCGGAUAUCAGCAUUGAUGUCAACAUCUCCAGCAGUACAGUCCCACCCAAUUUGACUGUUCCUCAAGAAAAGUCGCCCCUGGUCACCCGGGAAGGGGACACGAUCGAGCUGCAGUGCCAGGUGACAGGGAAGCCCAAGCCCAUCAUUCUCUGGUCCCGAGCAGACAAGGAGGUGGUGAUGCCGGAUGGGGCGAUGCAGACGGAGAGCUACGAUGGGAUCCUGAGGAUAGUGAACGUCUCCAGGGAGAUGACGGGAACCUACAGGUGCCAGACCAGCCAAUACAAUGGGUUUAAUGUGAAACCCAGAGAAGCACUGGUUCAGCUCAUCGUACAGUACCCCCCCGCCGUGGAGCCCACCUUCCUGGAGAUUCGGCAAGGCCAAGGCCGGAGCAUCACCAUGAGCUGCCGGGUCCUGAGGGCGUACCCCACCCGGGUCCUCACCUACGAGUGGCGCCUGGGCAGCAAGCUGCUGCGCACCGGCCAGUUCGACAUGCAGGACUCCACCGAGUACACCAUCAGCAGCCUCUCCCGCGACAGCUACGGCAUCUACAACUGCAACAUCAUCAACGAAGCCGGCGCUGGCCAGUGCAUCGUCCUGGUUACAGGCAAAGCCUAUGCUCCCGAGUUCUACUACGACACCUACAACCCCCUGUGGCAGAACAGACCCCGUGUCUACUCCUACAGCCUCCAGUGGACCCAGAUGAACCCCGACGCUGUGGACCGCAUCCUGGCCUAUCGCUUAGGGAUUAGGCAGGAACUGAAUCUUGAUGCCACUGCAAUAAUGUUAUCUCUUGUUGCCCUCAUGAAAAUAACGGCUGGACAACAGCGCUGGUGGGAACAGGAAAUUACAGUGAAUGGAAAUAUUCAAAAGGGAGAAUUAAUUACCUACAACCUAACCGAGCUGAUCAAGCCAGAGGCGUAUGAAGUCCGUCUGACGCCCAUCACCAGAUUUGGGGAGGGGGACUCAACUAUUCGGGUCAUCAAGUACAGCGCUCCAGUAAAUCCACAUCUACGAGAGUUCCACUGCGGGUUUGAGGAUGGAAACAUUUGCCUUUUCACUCAAGACGACACGGACAAUUUUGACUGGACAAAACAAAGCACUGCCACUAGAGACACAAAGUAUACCCCGAACACGGGGCCGAAUGCAGAUCGGACUGGCUCCAAGGAAGGUUUCUACAUGUACAUUGAGACGUCGCGCCCCAGGCUGGAAGGAGAAAAGGCCAGGCUUGUUAGUCCUGUUUUCAGUGUCGCUCCAAAAAAUCCUUACGGAGCUACGAACACAGCCUACUGUUUUAGCUUCUACUAUCACAUGUAUGGACAGCACAUAGGAAGCUUGAACGUUUACCUGCGGUUGAAAGGUCAGACUGCGAUAGAGAACCCAUUGUGGUCUUCAAGUGGAAAUAAGGGACAGCACUGGAACCAAGCCCGCGUUAAUAUAAACCCCCCGACUUCAUUUCAGCUCAUCUUCGAAGGGAUCCGGGGUCCCGGCAUCGAAGGUGAUAUUGCUAUUGAUGAUGUAUCGAUUGUGGAAGGAGAGUGUAUGAAAUCAGACCAACCGGCCAACAAUUUACGAUCAGGUGCUGUUGGGACAUUAGCGCAUAUACGACUUAUCCCAGUUACCAUCCUCAUGUCUGUCUUAAGUCAUCAGAGGUGA